AUGGUAAGUGUAUUCUUUCCAAAUAUAUCCCAACAUUGAUAUUGUCAUCAUUUCGUCUGAUUGUGUCAGUCAGUGUCAUUCCAGAAGAGAAUGGUGAAGGAGAAAUUCACUGUAAACUACAAACAGAAGGAAGAUUGCCCGACCCUUCGAUUCUCAGAAAGAUGAGUUUGUGACAAUUAAUUUUAACAAGAAAAGUAGCCAUAUAUCUACCAGUGCAUGUUUUUAUUUUUUGUUUUUUGUUUUUGUUUGUUUUUUUUUUUUUUGACACAGGACACUCACCCAUUUCCACCAUAUGGACCUUGUGGUUAUGGUGCUCCUUUUGGCGCCCCAGGUAUACCAGGUAUUCCCGGGAGCCCAGGACCCGCGGGAUCCAUGGGCAUCGCGGAACCACCCGGUCCACGAGGUUCAACGGGACCACCAGGGGACAGAGGCGACGUAAGAAAGCCGGGAAACCAAGGCCUCUCAGGUCGACAGGGACAUCCAGGAAAAAUGGGACCUCAAGGGUCCACAGGCCGACAGGGUCCACGAGGAACCAAAGGUGACGCAGGAAAUAAAGGAAGCCAGGGAGCCCCAGGCCCUCAGGGACCUCCAUGAGCUCUGGGGAGAAAUUGGAAACAGUGUGUUUUCAAAACUUUGAGCGAAGAAAAGGACACUGGCUUGAUAAAGGUAUUUCAGUUUUUCUUUUAAUUAAUUGCAAUUUUACAAAACUGUAUUUGACAUUCUUUCUUGAAUAGACGAUUUCUAUCAAGAUUUAACUAAAAGAAAAUUAAUCAAGUCGUGCAGUAAGCCAAAAUAAUUUUUUCUAUGGCAGAAGGUCGAAAAUGUGAAGAUAAACAUUAAGAAACCAACGGAUCCGUAGACUAGACUUUAAGAAAUUGAUUAAGAACCUAUAUCGCUCAAGGAUAUUUUGAAAUCAUGUGUUUCACAAUUAAUCAUCAUUAAUUUCUCCAGGAAUGCCUUUUCAUCAAAAAGUCGGCCAAAACAGCUCUGCGCGUGUUUUGGAGUGGCAACCUCCGCCUCUACAACUGCCAUGGAGUGCUCAGCUCCUGCUGCAAUUGA